AUGCAGCAACUGGCUUACCAGUACGCCGCCAAGGGGGCAUGCCUUGCCCUGGUAGCAAGGAGGGGGCAUACCUUGCCCUGCAGACAGCAAGGAUCUUUGCAUUUGAUAGGCCUUGAUAUCAACCUCUCAAGUUUAUAUUCCCUGGUGUGUAGGUGCAUCACUCUGAUGCCGAUGAAGGGUGAGAUCUUGGUCGACACUAUGGAGAAGACCCUGAAGCCUGGUGUGUUCCUCAAAUCGGGACUGAUAGAAACCGAAGGGCCACACGAAGCUGUCAAAGGGCACUUGUAG